AUGUGCAAUACUGCAUCUACACUGCUAUUGAAGAAGCAGUUAUGUGGGUUCUCUGCUGGAUUAGUUGACGAUGAAAAUAUUUUCAAGUGGCAGGUGCUAAUUAUGGGACCCCCGGACACUUUAUAUGAGGGUGGCUACUUCCGCGCCGAGCUUGAUUUCCCUCAAGAUUACCCCAAUCGUCCUCCCAAAAUGAGGUUUGUGACAGAGAUCUGGCAUCCCAAUAUUGCUCCGAACGGUGAUGUAUGCAUCUCUAUCCUACAUGAGCCUGGAGAAGACAGAUGGGGCUACGAGAGGCCGGACGAGCGGUGGCUCCCAGUUCAUACGGUCGAAACCAUAAUCACAUCUGUCAUAUCGAUGUUAGCUGAACCCAACCCAGAUAGUCCUGCUAAUGUCGACGCAGCCAAGGAAUUCCGGGAAGAUUUCAACGAAUUCAAACGAAAAGUGUGCAGAUGCGUUCGCAAGAGUCAAGAACACUUCGAGUAA